AUGGCGGCAGUACCAACGCCGAGCGAUGCGCCUCUUCGUAUCGGAACCCGGCGCUCCAAUCUGGCCGUGGUGCAGGCGGAGGGAAUCCGAGACAAGCUUCAAAAACUAGUACCGGGUCGAUCCUUUGAAAUCGUCACAUUGCGGCCGCUCGGCGACCGGGACAAGACCACGGCUUUGUACGAAAUGGGGGUGAAAAAUCUCUGGACUUUUGAGCUGGAAGAGAAGCUGGUCUCGGGCGAGCUGGAUCUCGUCGUACAUUGCCUCAAGGAUAUGCCCACGGCCUUACCCGAGACCUGCGAACUUGCCUCUAUUCCGACUCGAGAUGACCCUCGUGAUGCCCUGAUCGUCAAGGCAGGUCUGCCUUACACCAGCUUGAGUACUCUGCCCGACGGCGCCGUUGUAGGCACAUCGUCCGUUCGUCGCUCCGCUCAGCUGCAACGAAUCUACCCUAGCUUGAAGUUUGCCAACCUUCGCGGUAAUGUGGAAACCCGACUGGCCAAGGUGGACGAUCCUGAGAGCGAGUACACGUGCAUGAUCAUGUCCGCUGCCGGUCUGCAACGUGUGAACCUGGGCCACCGAAUCAAUGAGUAUCUGCAGUCCAGCACUGGGGGCAUGUAUCACGCCGUGGGCCAGGGAGCUCUGGGCCUUGAGAUUCGGAGAGGUGAUACCAAGAUGCACGAACUGCUCAAUCAACUGGCUGACCAUCAAUCAACGUUGGCCUGUCUAGCUGAGCGGUCCCUCCUCAGAACGUUGGAAGGCGGUUGUAGUGUCCCCGUCGGCGUAGAGACGGAGUGGGUUGAGUCUGAUACGCUGCAUAUGCGCAGUAUCGUUGUCAGCCUGGAUGGUUCGGAAAGCGUCCGCGAGCAUGUUGAGGCGCGAUUGAGUACCGCGGAAGAAGCCGAAUUGCUGGGCCAGCAACUGGCAGCCAAGCUAGUCAAGGCGGGUGCGCAAACAAUCUUAGACACGAUUGUUAUAAACCGACCGGCCAAAGAAUGA